ACCGAGGGUCUGUCGUAUCUGGGAUCGUUCUUUCACUCUGCGCGUACUGUGGGCAUUUGGAACAAAGCGCGCGGACAGAAUCUGUUGGACGGCGGCGCACCUUUCUACGACACGUACGAGACUAAGGAUAAAAAAUACAUGGCCGUAGGAACUAUCGAGCCUAUAUUCUUCAAACGG